AUGAUAGCUGUUCUUCCAGGUCCUAUUGGGUUUCUGGGAAGCAGGCAGCUCGGGGCGGCAGGGUGAGAAGCGACGGGCGGGGCUGGAAGUAGCCGGCUGCCGCUGAGAGCAUCCGACGCGGAGGACGUUCAGGCUCAGCGGGGCUAGCGGCAGCACAAGGGUCAUAAUGGUAUCCAUCCCUGAAUACUAUGAAGGAAAGAAUGUCCUCCUCACAGGAGCUACUGGCUUCAUGGGAAAGGUGCUUCUGGAAAAGCUACUGAGGUCCUGCCCUAAAGUGAAAGCCGUUUAUAUAUUGGUGAGACAUAAAGCAGGUCAGACGCCUCAAGAACGAAUGGAAGAAAUGAUCAGCUGUAAGCUCUUUGACAGGUUAAGAGAUGAACAGCCUGAAUUUAAAGAGAAAAUAAUAGCAGUUACUAGUGAACUUACGCAGAAUGAACUGGACCUUAGUGAGCAGGACAAAGAAAAGCUCAUAGACUGCAUUAAUAUUGUAUUCCAUUGUGCUGCUACAGUCAGAUUCAAUGAAACACUGAGAGAUGCUGUUCAGUUAAAUGUGAUUGCCACACAACAGCUCGUCAUCUUGGCCCAGCGAAUGAAGAAUUUGGAGGUGUUCAUGCAUGUUUCAACAGCAUAUGCUUAUUGCAAUCGAAAGCACAUUGAAGAAAUCAUAUAUCCACCCCCUGUUGACCCCAAGAAACUGAUAGGUUCUUUAGAGUGGAUGGAUGAUGGUCUGGUGAAGGACAUUACUCCAAAACUGAUAGGAGACAGGCCUAAUACUUACACAUAUACAAAAGCCUUAGCAGAAUAUGUUGUGCAGCAGGAAGGUGCAAAAUUAAACAUAGCCAUUAUACGGCCGUCAAUUGUUGGUGCCAGCUGGAAGGAGCCUUUCCCUGGAUGGAUUGAUAACUUUAAUGGGCCCAGUGGUCUUUUUAUUGCGGCAGGAAAAGGAAUUCUUCGAACAAUGAGAGCCUCCAACAGUGCAGUUGCAGAUCUUGUUCCAGUAGAUGUAGUUGUCAACACAACACUGGCUGCAGCUUGGUAUUCUGGAGUUAAUAGGUAUAGCAGACCAAGAAACAUCAUGGUGUACAAUUGCACAACAGGUGGCACCAAUCCUUUCCACUGGGGUGAAGUUGAGUAUUACCUAAAUAUGAGUUUCAAGAUGAAUCCUUUAGAACAAGCACUAAGGCGCCCCAAUGUUAAUAUCCAUUCCAACUCCCUUUUGCAUCAGUAUUGGACUGCGGUCAGCCAUAUACUACCUGCAUUAUUGCACGAUGUUGUUCUCAGGUUGACAGGUCAGAAACCGUGGAUGAUGAAAACAAUAACCCGUCUUCACAAGGCCAUGAUGUUAAUAGAAUACUUUACAAGCAAUUCUUGGAUUUGGAAUACUGAGAAUGUCAAUAUGCUAAUGAACCAACUAAGCCCUGAAGACAAAAAGGUGUUUAAUUUUGAUGUUCGACAGUUACACUGGGCAGAAUACAUGGAGAACUACUGUAUGGGAACUAAGAAAUAUGUAUUGAAUGAGGAAAUGUCUGGUCUCCCUGCAGCUAGGAAACACUUGAAGAAGUUAAGGAACAUACGUUAUGGCUUCAAUACAGUCCUUGUGAUCCUGAUCUGGCGUAUCUUUAUUGCAAGAUCACAAAUGGCGAGAAACAUCUGGUACUUCGUGGUUAGUCUGUGUUACAAGUUCCUCUCCUACUUUAGAGCAUCCAGUACUAUGAGAUACUGAAGAGAAGAAUUUUAGCAUUAGGACAUCUAUGCAUAUGGUGGUCUAACUGCACAAAGCCUGUAAAAUGUACUUAGUCAUCUCAUCUUUUGUAAAAACAUGAAAUCAUCUUAGACCUGGAGUGUGAAAUAUACAGUACAGUAUAUGUAAUGUUUAAUUGUGUAUUCGAUAAAAACUUAAAGAAUAAAACAGUUGAAUACUGGAUCAAAUUGGCAUUAGACAAAUGUGUUAGCAUUACAAACAAAAAUUUAUCCACAGCAAGUUUAACUCUUUGGCCUAGGCAGAAACAUUUGGAUUAUUGGCCAAUAUUACUGUGCAAUUCUGGAAUGCAUUUGAUUGAAAUCUGCCUUAACAAUUAACUUCUGAUUUUAAUUUUUACUGUAAAUAGGCACAUUCAGUAAGAACAACAAAAUAUUGACUCAGUUUGUAGACCUAUUUAUUUGAGAUUAUCCUAGAUUAGUUAGUUUUGUCCCCUUACAAGCCCAUAUGAGUGACUGUGGAUCUUUGUAAAUUACUGAUAGCUCCUUAUGUUGUUCUGUUCUUGACUUUUAUCACCUUUCCCUCACUUCCUUCCUCAAAGAUUGUAAGGAUAUGAUGAAGACUCCUUCAUUAAAAUAAAUGCAUCUCUCUUAAUUGAAAGGCUAGUUGUCUGAUCUAGUCUUCAAAAUGCACACACUGAUUAAUUCUGCCCUUAUAUACUGUCAUGAAACUCCCAUUAAAGUCAGUGAAAACCAUUUGCAUGUCUGAAAGCAGAAUCAAUCCUUUUAUUGAAAAAAGAAAUAAAAGGAAAGGAACAAUAACCGUGAAAAGAACAGAGAUGCAAGCUGUUGAAUUUCUUCACCCUAGAUGAUGGCUAGAUCAGGAACACAGAGACAAUAAUUACACACGUAGUUCAAGAAUAACCUCUUCCAGAGGAAUUUCUAUAUUAUUUGCUACUAUUUGUAUUAUUCAUAGAAUAUUUAAGUUCUGGUUGGCUAAGACAAAUUGUAUAUUCUCCGUCAGAUAAAAAUGGUUUAGCAAAGUAUGCUAUCUUCCAUAAUCAUAAUCUCAACAAAAUUCUCUUACUAUGUGAAGGAUUGAAGUUAACGUACUUGCAAAAAACACAUUAAAAAUGAUCCAACACAAACCUGCAUUUCACUGGGGAGGUAGGGAGAAGAGGAAUCCUACACAUCUUAAAUAAAGAAUUUUUUAAGUUUACAAUAUUUAGUAGCAAACUCUUAGCUAAAAUUGAAGAAAUCUAUUUUUCUGCAUGUCUAUUUUGUUUUAGCAGGAGAAAUAUGCAUUGAAUAACUGCAAGAAACAGCUGAAUUCUAUUUUAAUGUAACACUUAAUGAAUUUCCCUUUAUAUCUCAAUUGCCUAGAAUUCUAUUUUAAAACAUUUUUAACAUUGCUUUUAUUUGACACACUGAUCUGCACACCUACAUGGAAUGUUCUCAUUAAAAUGAUCAGUUUGUGCUGUACUUAAAUCCAGUAUGUGUUUUUGAAUAUGCCUGGAAAGGUAAAUUUUGAAUUAAUCAUACAAAAAUUACAUAAAACAUAUAUACAUAUUUGUUUUCUUUUCCAUUUGAAGUAAGUGUGCAAUGAGCUUAUUUUGCUGUUCUUAUGAAAAGCUAACUUGAAAGGAAAACACUUUAUUUCACAUGGGUGUAUAUCUAAUUUUGGAAAGAGAACAGCUUCCUUUGUUGAAGCUAAAUACUCUGUAGUAAGUACUUAAAACCUUACCUCCUUUUAAAGAUACUUGUGUGUAUAUUCUUUACAGUGAUACAAAACUAUAAUGGUUUAGGAUCACACCAUGAAGUGUGAGAGACCUCCAACAAUGGUUGAAACUACAAUAAAUUGUGGCUUUUGUGAUUCGAAAUGUUACACUUAACUGUAAUAUUCCUAAUGUAUUUGUCAUAGCUGCCUCCCUGUGCAUCUUCUGUUAUUGGACUUGAAAAUAUACUGUUAAUGAAAUGUAGAUUUUCUGCAGAAAGUGCCUGGAAUCUAAUCACCCACCUUUUCCGUUCUUGGUAUGUGGGUGAACUUGGAAAGAGGCCCAAAUAUAUCAAGAUUGUGAAAUUAAUAGUUAAACAACUUUUUCUCUCUGUAACCAUAACUUGUUUUUUACAUAGUUCCUUUAAUGAUAAUUCCUUUAAACUGAGCAACUGAGAACUAUGAAGCCACUGAGUUGAUUUUUCUUGUCCAUAGCACUCUUUAAAGGAAUCUCUGCUAUUGAAUGAAUAAAUGACUGAAGUAAUUGCAUCAUUUUGAGCAUAAGAAUCUCUAAUCUUUUCCAUGUAAACUUAACCAUUUAAAAACCCCAGGCUUUUCUUUAUAAUUGAGACUAUGAUUAGCUGUGGAUUACUAUUUUUGUUUCAUACACAAAUUCAUCAGUCACUCUGUUUAAUCCAUGAUAGUGACUUAUCACAUUAAGUACAUUUAGUCUGUCAUUCCACAUGAAUCCGCCAUUAAAAUUGUAUCUGAAGGCACUUUUUUUCCAUACAGGACACUAUAUUUUUGCUUUUUUUUUCGUAUUAAUGUUUGCAGUUUUCUGUUUCCAGAACUAUAAAUAUUAAUGAGAACAUACUGGAUCUAUAUUUUGAUACCGUAAGGUUAAUGUGUCCUGUAACUCACUAAAUAACAGUGAAAUCUGACAUGUUAAGUAGGAGGAAGAGCAGUCUGAAAACAGAUGGUCAUUAAACGGGUAUACCGGUAUUUAAAAUAUGGGACCAAGGGAAAAGUGCUUUUUCCUAUAAUGGGAUUUUCUGCCAUAGGAACAGAUACUCUAAAAGAAAUGUUAAAUCUGUAAGCUUUUAUAAGACAUCAAUAGAAACAUUGGGUGCCUUUGUUUGUAAACCAAAAAUAAACAAAUCCCUUAAA